UUCUUUUUAUCCACUGUAGUCACCAAGUGUUGCGUUUCCGCAUCAACAGUCAGGAGCAGCUUGCUAUGGUGAAGUCCCUGGCAGAAUUGGACUAUCUGAAGCUUGAUUUCUGGAAAGAACCUGUAAGCAUCUCCCUUCCAAUUGAACUCCGAGUUCCUCGCAAGCAUGUCCGCACUGUCAAAUCCUUCCUGGAGUCUAAUGGUAUCAUAUAUUCUGUCAUGAUCAAGAACUUACAGUCUUUGGUGGAUGAACAGCAUGUAAGCACGUUGGGUUCUGAUCAGGGACAAAAUGGGACCAACAGUUUUAAUUAUAGAUCCUACCACACACUGAAGGAGAUUUUUAGAUGGCUGAAGGAUCUUGCUGCUGAAAACCCGCAAUUAGUCCGAAGAAUCAGAAUUGGUAUAAGUUCUCAAAGGCGAGCUCUUCAUGUCCUUAAGUUCAGCACAGGACGUAACCGUCCUGCCAUAUGGAUCGACAGUGGUAUCCAUGGCCGUGAAUGGAUAGCGCCUGCCGUCGCAAUCUGGAUUGCAAAGAAGAUCACGACUGAUUAUGGAAUUGAUCCCUCCAUCACAUCAUUGCUGAAUAAAAUGGACAUCUUCAUGGAAAUCAUGGCGAAUCCAGAUGGCUAUGUUUACAGUCGGACCACAAACCGAAUGUGGCGUAAGACCAUGUCCACGAGCCCUGGAACUCAUUGCUUCGGUGUUGAUGCAAACAGGAAUUUUGACGCUAACUUUGGAGGCAACGGGAGUAGCAAAGCCCCUUGUGCAGAAAGUUAUUGUGGGCCUCACGUGCAUUCUGAACCAGAGGUGAAAGCCAUUGUAAAUUUCAUAAAAAACCAUGGCAAUUUCAUGGUUUUCAUCACACUCCAUAGCUAUUUACAGCGUUUGCUGUAUCCUUAUGGAUAUACCCAUGUGCCUCCAGAAAACUUUGAAGAAUUGGCCACUCUAGCCGGUGAAGCAAUUGAAGCUCUGACCUCCCUGUAUGGCACCCAGUAUACACAUGGAAGCAUUGUACAGGCUAUUGAUCAGAGCAGUGGGAACAGCAUUGACUGGAGCUAUAACCAAGGUAUUAAAUAUGCAUAUGCUUUUGAGUUGCGCGAUGAAGGUCAAUAUGGCUUCAUGCUUCCACCGAAUCAAAUCAUUCCCACGGCUGAAGAAACCUGGUUGGCCAUCAAGAAAAUAAUGGAGCACGCUUCCGAUCGCUUACCUUGAUAUUGUUACUUCUGAUUUAGAAGGCCAGUGCUGAGGGCCAACCAGCUACCUAAUUGUAUUGUUAUUGUGCAUCCUUUCUGCUGCAUGACAAUAGAUACAGAAUCACAUACUGCUAUAAUGCUUAGCACAACAUGCAGUGCAAAAUGAUGAAAGCUCAUUUCUCUCACCUCUGCCAUUGCAGAUUUACUCUAAUUCCAGCCUUAAUGGGCAAAUAGUUUAAUAAGAUGCCUGAGUGACAGGGUUGACCUUAGUCUUAACGUAUAACAGCUUGUUCAUUGUCAAUUUGAAUAAUAUCUCAAUUUGAACAAUGUGAGAUUUUCCACGCCCUGGGUGAGGAUUUACUUCAAUCUCAGAAUAUGUGUGUAGUGUUGAAUUAUUCAAUUUGUCUAUAUUUGUCUGGCUGCUAACUAUUCACUGACUUGUAGGUGAUUAGUUCAGCGUGGAUGAGGUUACUGAGAAAGAGAAACGAAACUCUAAGCAAUGGGAAGUAUGACAGCAGUUCAUUGAGAGUAUAAAUAAACUUACACUCCAAAUUCAACAUCUGAAUGUAUAACCUCCGAAUAUCUCCAAGGCAUGAAAUACGAGGUAACUUUAAUCUCAUUUGUACCACAAUCUGAAAGGGCCUUCCACUCUCAACAUUUACAUUGGUAACAAUAUCAGUUUAAGAAUCUAGCUCAAUUGCAAAAUGAAACGACUUAAUCCAACCUCAGGAUUUAAGAUUUUGCAGUAGAAUGAAAAUUCACGAUCUCAGAGUUUAAGGAUUUACCUUAGCACGGUGUUUACAUAUUUGCAUAAAACCAGUUGAAGGUUGUGCUCCAAACUCAUCCUGUGAGGGUCUGCCUUAAAUUUAGUUAAAGAUUUCACCUUUAGAAGUUUAAUUCAUUGUUGGUUAAGGGUUUAUCAUAAUACUUAAUUAAUAUUCACAGUUGAACAUAUAGAUCCCUACCUCUAAGCUCAUGCAUUUUGGCCCAUAUAAGUUAAGGUUUUACCACAAAUACAUGAUUUAACUGUGCAUCCCAACCUAGGAAUUUAUAUCGGUACCCUGUCUGACUGUUUAAUUUUUGAUGCCAAAUUCAUCAUUUUCCAGAUAAUCAUUUUUCAGUUUUGUUCAAAUCUCAUUGGUUCAAAGGGUUCACCUCAAUCUCAAAUUAAGAAUGUGUUAGAAUGAUAUUUGCUGUGCUUGAUGUUUAAUAUACAAUGCUUGUCAAGUAUGUAUUCAUAUAAUGUUUAUUAAAAAUCAUUACCUGUUGAUCACAAAU